ACACUGUCAGAGUACUCCAUUACAAGUCAAAGUUUCUUAUGUCAAAAUAUGUCAGUUUAUCAGGAUAAAUAUAAAGUGCUCAAUGUUGGAAACAUAUUCUCUUUUUUAUUUAUUAUUCAUACAAAAUUGAUCAAUGGAUUAGUUUAGGACUGCAGCUAAUGAUUGUUUUCAUUAUCCACUGAAUUAUUCUCUAGCUUCAUUGGGUUGGUUAGUUUGGUUUUUAUCAUAUUUCAUGUAUCAUCUCCUCAUGCGUUUUGUACACAGAUAUUUUGAACCAGUAAAGUAACUAGCGAUUAAAAGUGGUCAGUAAAUGUAGUUAUGAGUAAAGUACCUUAGUACUACCUUACUGUGAGGAUGUAGUCUGAGCCACGGGAGUCAUGGAUGUGUAACAUGUAGGUAAAGUUUGUUCACUCUUCUCCAGCAGGUGGCGCACUGCACACUUCAGCCUGACGCAGAAACUACACACAGGAUCAAUUAUAUUCCAGAUCCUUAAAAAGGAAAAGUUUAGUUGAAUGAAUCGAUAUUUCUGUGAUUCUGUGAAAGUAAAGAAAGAGGAGGAUUCGGGUUUAAUUUGACCUGAGAGAAUAAGAGCAGAGGGAGAGGUCUGAGGCUCCUCUGUGGAUGAGACCGUCCAUCCUCACAGGCUGCACACCGCACAUCACUCUGAGCGGAGAGAGGACGGCGGCUGCUCUCCGACAUGGCUAAAGAAGGAGCAGAUAUGACGGAGGAAACCGAGUACAUGAUCGACAAAACCGUGGGCAAAGACGCGGAGACCGCGGUGGAGUCGCCCGGCGACGCCAAAGAGAUGCGGGCGGUGAUCCUGGCGGGUUUCGGAGGUCUCAACAAACUCAGGGUGAGCAGGAAGGCAAUGCCCGAGCCUCAGGAUGGUGAAGUGAAGAUCCGCGUCAAAGCCUGUGGCUUGAAUUUCCUGGAUCUGAUGGUACGUCAGGGGACGAUUGAGAAUCCUCCAAAACCUCCUCUCGUCCCUGGGUUUGAAUGCUCUGGAAUAGUGGAGUCAGUGGGUGAAAACACGAAGGGAUUCGAGAUAGGCGACAGAGUGAUGGCUUUCGUGAAUUACAGCGCCUGGGCAGAGGUGGUUUGCACGCCCGUGGAAUUUGUCUACAAGAUGCCGGAUGAAAUGACGUUUGCCGAGGCGGCGGCGUUCUCCCUGAACUUCGUGGCUGCCUACAUGAUGCUCUUUGAGGUCGCCAACCUGCGAGAGGGGAUGUCAGUGUUGGUGCACUCGGCGGGAGGUGGUGUAGGCCAAGCUGUGGCUCAGCUCUGCUCCACUGUUCCUAACGUGACUGUGUUUGGCAUCGCCUCAUGUUUCAAACACGCCGCCAUCAGAGACUCUGUGACUCACCUGUUUGACAGAAACGUUGAUUAUAUACAAGAAGUCAAAAAAAUUUCUCCGGAGGGAGUCGACAUCUUGUUGGACUGCCUGUGUGGGGAGAACACAGGGAAAGGCCUGAGUCUGUUGAAGCCGCUGGGAACUUAUAUCCUCUACGGCGCGUCAAACAUGGUAACUGGGGAAACAAAGAGUUUCUUCAGCUUCGCAAAAUCUUGGUGGCAGGUGGAGAAGGUGAACCCUAUUAAACUCUACGAGGAGAACAAAGUCAUUGCUGGAUUCUCGCUCCUCAACCUCCUCUUCAAACAGGGGAGAUGUAGCCUCGUGAGAUCAGUGAUGGACAAACUGUUGAAUCUCUAUGAGCAAAAGAAGAUCAAGCCGGUAGUGGACUCUCUGUGGGCACUGGAAGAGGUAAAAGAGGCCAUGCAGAGAAUUCAUGACAGAGGCAACAUAGGAAAACUCAUUCUGGAUGUGGAGAAGUCUCCCACUCCUCUGAUGGCCAGCGACAGCACAGAGACCAGUGAGGCAGGAGAGGAGGAGGAGGAACCCGAGGGAGACAACGACAGCAAGGAGCGAAUGCCUUUCAUCCAUUAGACCCCCCCACCCCACCCCCACCCUGCACCCUACCUCCCACCCCCCACCCUCCCCCUGCAACACGCCUAGAGACUGGAGAGGCUGCACAGAUUCACCACAGAGGAACACAACCACACAGCAGUGUUGUGCAGUAUGUGCUGUAUGCAUGUAUGCAUGAAUGUGUGUAUGUACAGUGGAUGUUUGUGCCUCUUGUCUGUGACCUGGUGUUUGUCAGUUGACUGGUAAAGCCAAACUUUUUUGGGUAAAUGAAGACGAAUAAUGUUUGUCACCCAGGCAACACGUGCAAGUGCCAUUCUCUGAGUAGUAUUAUUAUAUUCCUUCACUGUAUUAUGAAGUAACAUUAUACUAGCCAAUACUGUGAAUAGGUUUGUGUCCAUUUUACAGUUAAUUUCAUCCGCCGGCAGUUUAUUGAAUAUUAACAGACUGAAUAAGUGUUUGAAGCAGCUGACCUGCUGUGGUCACGUUAAGAUUAACACGUUUGAAAUUAGAUUUAGUGAAGCACCUAAGUGUCAUAGGCUGUAACACGCUCAGCAUGUCUAAACAUUUCACAAGGUAGGAAAACAUUCAGUUUAAUUCUAACCUGUCCUCAGUGAUGACGGAUGAAACGAGACACGAUGAGCCCCAGUGUUUUGAUGCCUCUGACCGAGAGCUGGACGAGUCUGCGUGUAGAUAUUUGCAUGAUAUUUUGUCCUUAGGUGCCAACCUUCUAAUAUUAUGGGAUCACCAGUGCCUUUGAGCUACAGACGAGUGUUUGAUACUUGAAAUGUUUUCCUCGUGUGAAGUUCAUAUUGAACAAACCAACAAAAAAGGUCUUUUUAACUAGAGUGUGAAAACAGAUGUGUACACUAUUAAAAAUUCUUCCUGCGCAGUCGUAAUUUGUAGUAAGGAGGACAAACAGUAUUUCCCCACUAAACUGUGUAUCCAGAGCUUUAUUACAUUUAUAUUAAGGUCACACAGAGUUGACUGUUUUGUAAACACAGAACAAAUGAAAGUUUGAAGACAUCAAAUUUCUAUCUUUCAGAAUCCAUAUGAAACAAAGGUAAAUCAGUAAAUUCUGGAUUUCCUUCAGGAGGGUUGUCAAAUAGUCAGACUGCAGUUCAAGGUUUGUGGAGUCUCUGCUUUACUUGUCUGACCAAAGUUGUUUACUUGCUGGUGCCUCACAACAAAAAGUGCCAUAAGACUCCAAGAGAAAUGAUUUUUACAGAGAGCAGGUGAUUCAGGUUUGAGAGGCGCUGUGUGUUACUUUACUUACAGUACAUCUGACACCCUCUGCUUUACUCUGCUAAUGAAACAGAAGGACAGCCGACACACUCACACUCAUCUAAUCAGAUGAUUGAUCUGUUCUCAGUUUAUCAAAGUAAAAACGCUAUAUCAAGUUUUCACUAUUUAUUCGGCCUCGCUUGUUCAGUGUGUUUUAUAGCGGCUGGUUUCUGAGUUUACGACUCACACAUACACAAACAAUAAAACAAGUCAACGCUUAGUAAUCAUGCUGAUUAAUGAAAUUAAAAAUGUUUCAGCUUAAAACUAACAGCAGUGAACAGUGCGUGCUUUGAAGCUGAGUGAUAACCAGUGGUCAGACGGUGUUAAUGGGUGAACUCAAGCGAUGCAAAGAAUCAUUUUAGUAAUUAAUUUCUCAACUCGGAAACGUGGAUAAUGAUGAAAAUACAUCUCAGUUUUGAUGCCUUCAAUGUCAGGUGUGUCUGUGUGUGUGUGACAGAGAGAGAGUGGAUAUUUUUGAGUGUGUGUAUUCAUAUGGCCUUUAAAAAGAAAAAGAAAAUAGUGUCUAAAGCAGUGUUUGGCAUUGUAGUAUAUUCACAAAAUUCCUUAUGAACUAUGGUUUACCUGUGGUCCUAUAUAUUUUUGUCACAUUAUUUUGUUGUGUACUUCCUUUGGGUACAGCUCUGUUUACUUGAAUAAAUUUAUCUGCAAAGUA